CACAUAGCUUGAAGUUAGACUUUUAUGUUUACUUUAUUUUUGUUCUAGAUAAUCAUAUGAUCAAUACCAAUUGCUCAGCACUUCAUAAUCGUCAAGCAUUGUGUUGUAAAAUGGCACAAGAAUAUGACGCUUUCAUGGAAUCCAAAAAGAGGUGGUUUUGUCAUGUUGAUGAUGAUACAUAUGUGAAUGUACCAAAGCUGGUUACUCUCCUUCAAAAAUAUAAUCAUACUCAAGACUGGUAUCUUGGAAAACUUAGCCUUAAGCAUCCGUUGCAAAUUAUGGACAUAAACCAACCAGGAAAGAAAAUUGAAUUUUGGUUUGCAACUGGUGGUGCUGGAUUCUGCAUCAGCCGAAGUCUUGCUUUGAAAAUGAUGCCCCAUGCUGGUGGAGGUCGCUUAAUGGCUGUUGGGGAAGAAAUACGCCUGCCAGAUGACUGUACAGUUGGAUAUAUCAUAGGACAUCUUUUGAAGAAACCCCUCACAGAAGUGGAAGACUUCCAUUCACACCUUGAGGCACUUUGGUUACUACGACCUAACCAACUGGAAAAACAUGUAACAUUCAGUUAUUCUUACUAUGGAGAGAAAAUGAAUAUUGUUAAUGUUCCAGGAUUUUCAGAAGAUGAAGACCCAACUAGAUUAUGGUCACUUCACUGCUAUCUCUUCCCUUACUUGAAGAAAUGCCGGAACAUUAAACAAAGUGUAGCCAAUUUCAAGACCUUUCAUUGAAGGAACUUCUUCAUGUUUGACGGUUAACUUACACUAAGCAUUGAUCUCAUUACUGUUGUCUCACAACACAGUAGCAGAAACAAACACGGCCCUCCCAGCUUAUGUUUAAAAAUUGAAAAUCAGUUCAGAUCUAUUGAUUACGGACAAAAUUUUUCAAAUUCUCUCUUUGAAUUUUUUUUUUUUUUUACAAUUUUAUUUCUUUUUCCUUUUUUUAAAUAUUUAUUUUUCCUUCUUUGGUAAUUUCAUUUAUUUCAUUUUUUAUUUUUAUUUUUUGUUUUUCUUUUAAUAUUUUAAUUCAGUGAGGAGGGACAGUGUCCAUAAAUGACCUAUGCGUACUCUUCCUCCUCAUCACUGGUGAGGUUGCCACGACAUGGUUGAUGUUCGUUCAGCUUUUAUUGCUGCAGGUGGAAGGCCUGUCUGAGAAAAUGUGGGUUGGGCAAAGAGAAAAUCCCAGGGAGUUCUAAUUUAGGGGACAGAAAAAAAAAACCAUUUGGGUGGAAAAUUAUUUGGUACAGCAUUUUCAUGGCAUGACACAAUAGAGGUGGGGAUCAAGAUUUUGGUUGUGUUGCUGUGAUGGACAAGUUGGUGCCAAACCACAGAAUGUCUAAUGGUUCAUGUAUGUAACAGACCUAAAAAGCUUUGGUUCCUGCUGACAGCCAGGAAGGGCUUGAGCAUCACCAUAUUUCUCCUUCUCCUAAAAAUACAGAGCUUUUGAAUAGCCAAAAGAGGGGAUUUAAAAGAAACUGAAAGUUUCAACAAUUUAAAGCCCGCCACCCUCAAAAACACAAUUUAGCCAAAAAUCUUUAUUUUUCAUUUCAUUUAUUUACUUUUUAUUUAUUUUCAUUUUUUUUUUAUUGUUGAUAAAAAUCAAAAAAUAUUAAUGUAAAAUCAGUAAUGUUGCAGAUUGUUAUAUCUGUGUGUGUGUGUACACAGCUGUGUUUCAGUAUGUGCAUGUAUAUGAAAGUUAUGAAACAAACUAUUUUUGGUAUAUAUUUGCGCAUUUUGUGCCCUAGCAGGUGUGUGUGCGUGUGUGUGUGUGAUUGUGCAUGUAUCAUUCCCUCUCUCUCUCUCUCUCUCUCUCUCUC